AUGGAGGCCGGAGCUGCCCCUGCACGCCCUGCAGUGCGAGCAGCACCAGUAACUGCUGCAGCAGCUGCUGCUGCUGCUGAUCGUGUGUACGCUUCGCAGCAGGUGCAGCAGCAACAGUUGCGCAGCCCUUUGCUGCAGCCGAACUCGCUCUACGAGCUGCAGCAGCGUCAGCAACACGAGCAGCAGCAGCAUAGAUCCCUUUCCCCGCAGCUGCCGCUGCAAUGGCACCAGGCCGGCAGCACGGAGCAGCAGCAGCAGCAGCUGCAGCUACAUCAGCAUCACCAGCAGCUGCACCUGCUGCACUACAACCAGCAGCAGCACCAGCUGCAGCAGCAGCAGCAGCAGGUGCAACAGCAAGAGCACGACCAGAAUAUCCACGAGGAGCUAGAGCGGCUGCGGCAGCAGGUCGCACUGCAGCAGCUUCAACUGCAGCAGCAGCAGCUAUCUCAGCACCAGCAGCACCAUCCGCGUUCUCUGCAGCAGCAGCAGCAGGACAGGCAGCACAGAUGUGUGCAUCCGCAGAGACAAGUGGCUACUUUGUCCUUAGCGGGAUGCAGCAGAGGAGGUGCGCUGCUGUCUGUGGGUAGCCGCAGCUCUACCGCAGCAGCAGCAGCAGCCGCAGCAGCAGCAGCAGCUUGCAGCUGCGGCGAGAGCUCUGCAUGCCCCUGCAUGGACCCCACGUGGCACCUAAGCGCCUCACCCGAAACAGCCGCUGUUGCUGCUCCAGCUACAGCAGCAAAUGCAGCAGCAGCGGCAGCAGCAGCAGGACCAGCAGCAGCGGAUCACACAGCAGCUACAAGAGGGUGGCUGAGCAGCAGCACGCAGCAGCUGAGCAGCAGCUGCUGCUGCUGCAGUGGAGAGCUUAGGGACUUAGGACCUUGCGGCGUGGAGGGCUGCUGGUGUGCUGCUGCUGCUGCUGCUGCUGAGGCAACGGGGUCAGGGUCGGUCUGUAUGUACAGCUCGCGCCUUAAAGUCCGCAUCGCCACGCAGCAGGAGUGCAGUAGCAACAGCAACAGCAGCAGCAGCAGCGUCGGAUACGCCAAGAGCCUUUGCUUCAGGCUCUACAGAGACAACGAGGCAAGCUUGCUGCUGCUGGCAUUGCUCACGAGUUUUGCUGCGCUGCAGCAGCAGCAGCAGCUUCGAGUGGAUUUCAAAGCCUUUGGAUUCAGAGUGUUGGAUUUGGUGAAGGAAUGCAUUGCAGAGGCUGCAGGAGAGCCGGCACAGCCAAGGCUUGUUGCGGUGCUUGUUCUGUCUCCAGAGGCUGCUGCUGCGCAAGCUGCUGCUACAGCUGUUACUGGGAUUGCCGGCGCCUCUGCUGCUGCUGCUGCAGCACCAGCGCUGCCUCCUCGGGAAGGUGUCUCUGUAGCCGCCGACGCACGGCGAGCGGCGGCAGCAACAGCAGCAGCAGCAACAGCAGCAGCAGGAAGGCCCCCCACGGCGGUGCUAAGGCUUAUAGAAACAAAUGCCUUUAGAGAAAUUGUUCAUCUUUAUUUCGACUUGCGGGCAGGCACGACUGCUGAGGUGUACAGACACCUCACCGCCCACCUGCAGUACUUCCAGCAUCACUGUGCCUCGUUUCGCGGAACCGCAGCGGAGCUCCAGCGAGAGAACCGCCAGCUGCUGCUGCUGCUGCAGCAGCAGCAGCAGGAAGCGGAGGCGUCCUUGCUGCAGCUUGCCCAGCAACAGCAGCAACAGCAACAGGAUGCGGCUGCUGCUGCAGAAGAACAGCAACACCAAAUACUGCUGCAGCAACAGCAACAGCAGCAGCAACAACAGCAGCAGCACGAGGAGCAAUGUCAGCGUCUCACCGAACGACUUCAAAGUGCCCAGCAGCAAGUGCUUCAU